CCCCGGUCGCUCUGUGUUCUCUAUUUGCCCCAAUUCCGCGGACUCCGAUACUUCCUUGCAUAGCAUUCCCGAAUUUCCAUCAUGGCCACCGUUGUUGCAGAGGGGCUUGAAAAGGCCCACGAGGCGGUCAAAAGUGCUGCCUCGAAGAACAAGAAAAGUGUCGAUCUGGAACGCGACAUGGUGGAUGUCACCACCAACCAGCGUCAGACCACCGAUCAUGGCGUCCCUAUCAGCAAUACCGACCAAUGGCUGCGGUCGGUUGACGACCGUCGCACCGGACCAUCCCUGCUGGAGGAUCAAAUCGCGCGAGAGAAGAUCCACCGAUUCGACCAUGAGCGGAUUCCCGAGCGUGUCGUCCACGCACGUGGCACCGGUGCUUUCGGCAACUUUAAACUGCUCGAGAGCUGUGAAGACGUCACCUAUGCUGGUGUCUUGACGGAUACGUCGCGCAAUACCCCAGUCUUUGUUCGUUUUUCCACCGUGCAGGGCAGCAAGGGAAGUGCCGAUACGGUGCGCGAUGUCCGUGGAUUCGCAACCAAGUUCUACACCGAUGAGGGGAUCUGGGACCUGGUUGGAAAUAACAUCCCUGUCUUCUUCAUCCAGGAUGCCAUUAAGUUUACUGAUUUUGUCCAUGCGGUUAAGCCUGAGCCUCACAAUGAAGUCCCUCAAGCCCAGACAGCCCACAACAACUUCUGGGAUUUUUGCUAUCUCCACCCCGAAGCCACCCAUAUGUUCAUGUGGGCUAUGUCGGACCGCGCCAUCCCCCGGUCCUACCGUAUGAUGCAAGGCUUUGGUGUCAACACCUUUUCGCUCAUUAACAAGGAAGGCAAGCGUCACUUUGUCAAGUUUAUUUGGACUCCCCAUCUCGGUGUGCACUCAUUCGUCUGGGACGAAGCCUUGAAGCUCGCGGGUCAGGACCCGGACUUCCACCGCAAAGAUCUGAUGGAGGCCAUCGACAACGGCGCCUUUCCGAAAUGGGACCUGUCAAUCCAGACCAUCCCUGAGGAAAAGCAGGAUGACUUUGACUUUGACAUCCUCGACGCCACCAAGAUCUGGCCGGAGGAUCUGGUCCCACCUCGUACCAUCGGUGUGCUGGAGCUUAACCGCAACGUCGAUGAGUUCUUCCCGCAGACGGAGCAAGUCGCCUUCUGUACCUCGCACAUCGUGCCCGGGCUCGACUUCUCCGACGACCCUCUCCUUCAGGGACGGAACUUUUCUUAUUUUGACACCCAGAUUAGCCGUCUCGGUGUCAACUGGGAGGAGCUUCCCAUCAACCGAUCUGUCUGCCCCGUGCUGAACCACAACCGCGACGGUGCCAUGCGCCACCGGAUCACCAAGGGCACCGUCAACUACUGGCCCAAUCGGUUCGAGGCAGCCAAGCCAGAUGAUCCUGCUCCACAGGGCGGCGGCUUCGAGUCCUACCCAGAGCCAGUCACCGGCCGAAAGAAACGCGCGCUGGGCCCCAAGUUCCGCGAGCACCACUCUCAGGCCCAACUCUUCUUCAACUCCAUGUCGGAGCAUGAGAAGCUGCACAUGAUCAAGGCUUUCAGUUUCGAGCUGGACCACUGCGAUGACCCCAUCGUCUACGAGCGCCUGGCCGGCCGGCGCCUUGCAGAGAUCGACCUCGCACUGGCUCAGAAGGUGGCUGAAGCAGUUGGAGCCCCAAUUCCCGAGAAGGCCCUGAUGGCCAACCACGGCCGGCAGACCAUCCAUCUGUCCCAGACGGAGUUCCCACCUAAGUCUCCUACCAUCGCCAGUCGGCGCAUUGCCAUCGUGAUCGGCGAUGGAUAUGACCCGGUGGCGUUCAAGGGCAUCCAGACCGCCGUGAAGGCGGCAGGUGCCUUGCCCUUCGUCAUUGGCACCAAGCGGUCACCCAUCUACGCGGAUGGAGAAUCAAAGGAGACGUCCAAGGGAGUCAUCGCAGACCACCAGUACGACGGACAGCGGUCGACCAUGUUUGAUGCGACGUUCAUCCCUGGAGGACCGCACGUGAAGACGCUCCGACAAAUCGGACAAUUGCGGUACUGGAUCGCGGAAACCUUUGGCCACCUGAAGCCACUGGCAGGCACGGGCGAAGCAGCCGAGCUAAUCAAAGAGGCAUUGGGUAGCGUACUGGAUGUACACGUCGCAACUGCAUCCAACCCGCAGCCUGUGGAUUGGUACGGAGUCGUCACGGCCGGUGGAAUCCAGAAGCCAGAGAGCUUCCAGGAAAGUGUACAGAUCAUCAAGGACGCCAAGGACUUUGUCGGCAUGUUCUUCUACCAGAUCGCACAGCAUCGGAACUAUAAGCGCGAGCUGGACGGGCUGAGCUCAACAGUUGCGUGGUAAAUUGCUAAUGCCAUGGGCGGGUGCAGCGCACAAAUUGUAUUGUAAUAAUGAGAUUAAUAGUAUGUAUUAAUUGGACAGGUGAAUUCACC